AUGGUUACAACUACUAAAUAUCCGCGUACUUCGAAUAAUACAAAACCUCAUCCAUGUUUUACUUGUAUAGAACCGCUUGUUGGUUACACUGAUCAUCCAGGUUCAUGCAAAUAUAUUAAUGAAAGUUCACCGUCGUCGUUGGAGUAUGUAGCCGAUUGUAAUACUAGUGAUAGAAAUAAUAUUAGCGAAUAUGAAUGUCGAAAAGUAGUGGUUAGUUAUCGUUCCGUGGAAACAUUUUUACGUCGUGAUUGUGCACCAAAAGGUCUAUGUUCAUGGAAAGAUAAAACUGGAUCAAUGAUCAAUACACCCGUUUCGGAUUGUGUUUAUACCGAUGAAAUUAGCGAAAAACUUGAAUGUAUUUAUUGUUGUGAUACGCCAUUAUGUAAUCGAACACAUUCACAUCAUGUGACAAAUCGAGUUUUUAUUAUUUAUUUAAUGGUGAUUGUUUAUAGACAUUGGAUGUUUGUAUAG